ACUUUGUUUUUCUUUUUCCGCAUUGACAUUUUUGGAAAGAACAUUUUGAAAUUUUAAAUUCUUAUUUUGCUAAUAAAUAAAUAUUAAAUUAUAUUAAAAAUCAUCAUAAAAAAUAUUUCCAAACAAUGGCACACCUCAGAUCAAUAUUACUUGGACAAUGCGUUCCAUGUGUAAAGAAAACUGCCUCCAAAAUUCGUAUUCGUAGAAUGGAAUUAGAUACAAAUCUAAACAUGUAUUUCAAAAAAGACGAAUUUUUCUUUGCACAUGAUCCACAAAAAAUAUGUAAAACUGGCGAUAUUGUUCUAAUCAAAAAAUUACCCCAGAAAUUAACCCGUUUAAUCACACACAAUGUUGAGGAGGUUGUUUAUCCUAUGGGUGACAUAACAGACCCUCUUACUGGUAAAAAAGUUGUUGUCGGCAAGUAUCGUGAACAGAUCGAAGAAUCGAACAAAUUGUUUGGAAAAUCCAAAAAGGCGUUUGAUUAUGAUAGCGCUCCACCUCGAGGAAGAUUGGAGGGCAAAAAAGAUUUCACAGAUCGUCAAACGUAUAUUAAAUAUCAUGAUGACGGCAAGGACCAGCCAUAUGCUGUUUAAAUUAAAAAUAUUCGUUUUCCUAUUUUGAUUACUUUAAAUUAAAUAAAUAAAUUAACUAGUA